CGCCCUUCUCCCCUCCUCCUCCUCCAUCUGACCGCGAAGCUCCGUCCAUCCGCAUCGCGUCAUAAAUCCUCCCCCUCCCUCCCUCCGCCCUCCUCCCUACCCAGGCCAGCCAGCACCUACCGCCGUUCCCCCAAUCGCCGUGCGCGUGCGCGUGCGCGAGCCCCAACCCGAAUCCACUCGCCCCCUCACCGCCACCGUCGCGCCUCAUUUCUUUAUCAAUCACCAGCCCCCCUCCCCAGUUCUUCCAAACAAACAAUCCGCGUUUAGAUCCGUCCGCCCGCUCGGGGGCCAGUGGGGGGAGACAGGAGGAUUUAGGUGAGCAAGCAUAUUGAUUUUGACCGGUCCCAGCUCGACCCGCCCGCGCGUCUCUCCUUAAAUCUCCUCUCCUGCGGUGGAGGGAGGAGGGGCCGUGGCCGGACCAAGAACGGCUUCUUGAUUCCUGCUAUCCCAAGGAAGGUUUCAGGGGUUGAGAUAACAGGUUGCUCUGUUGCCUCGAUAGACUAAUUAAUAAUGCUGAGGCAGAGCUCUAGUAGGAACCACAGAUCGAAAGGUCUGAAGCUAAAGAAAGCUCUUCAGAUAAGUCUUUUGGUUCUUGUAUCUGUUUGGUUGCUCUACCAAGUAAAGCAUUCGUACGAGAAGAAGGCAGCAUAUAAUGAAAAUGAUGCCAAUCGGGAAGCCGGUGAUGAGCAUAAAGAUGAUCAGAGCCAGACGGGCGUCAUCAAAUUGGGCAGAAAAGACCUGCCAGUAAAGGAGGCUGAUUCGUCAACACUGGAUGAACGGAUCGAGGACGAAGAGAAUGAGGAGAUGGAUCCAGAAAUGAAGCGUGAUGAGCAUGAUGAUGACCCCAUUGAUGAACCAGACCUGGACAAGGAUGAUGAUCUUCCUGAGCCUGGGGAGCACUCGGCUAACAAGGAUGAAGGAUCAGAUGGCAGGGCUGUGUUUGAGGACGAAGAGCGGAAGGAGCGCUCUCAGGAGGAUCAGGAGAAGAGUUUCCAUGGUGACGAUGUAUCUAGCGCUGUAACACAUGAUCCUCCGUCAUCGCAGCAAGAUGAGCUGACCCAUCAUGCCCAAGAGAAAAUCUUAUUCGUGGAUGAUGCUUCAACUGCGGUUCCUCAUGAAAACCAGGAACCUGAACACAAGGAGGAGGAAGAUCGCAAGGCUAGUGAAAAGGGUUCUAGAGGUGAGAAUGUGGACGAUGUAUCUAGCGCUGUAACACAUGAUCCUCCGUCAUCGCAGCAAGAUGAGCUGACCCAUCAUGCCCAAGAGAAAAUCUUAUUCGUGGAUGAUGCUUCAACUGCGGUUCCUCAUGAAAACCAGGAACCUGAACACAAGGAGGAGGAAGAUCGCAAGGCUAGUGAAAAGGGUUCUAGAGGUGAGAAUGUGUCAAGUUCUGUGGACCAUGAUGCCCAAGUCACGAAUCCUCUCCCAGACGAACAGCUGAAGAACAUGGAUAGGAUCUUUGAAGGCACCACCAAUCUAUCAAAUGGAAUUACUUUCCGAGGUCCUGGAGUGAAUGGAACCAAUGUUGUUGGGGACCAUGAGGCUUCUUCAAAAACUAAUGCAUCGUCCGACCCAAACACGAGCACUCCCAGCAUGGUCUUGGAAAGCAAGCCUGAUCUAACUCCAGUAAAUAUGACAAGCAACCAUGCUGAACCAGUGACAAGUAAUUCAACCUCUUUGAAAGGUCAGCAUGAGCAGCCAGUAAAUUCAACAGCAGCAUUGGACAACCAAACAAAACCAUUCACUGACCUGACUUCCGCCGAGCUGAAUUCUCCACCAAAUGGGACCACGGUGGCUUCGGGCUCAGCCGAUGCCCAAAAGGCCACAACCAGAGACGGAGACAGCAGUGGUAACAACACCGACACAUUCUCCUCUCUGGUGAACAAUAAAGAAGAAGCCGGCGACACCCAGAAGGAAGACGCAGACGUCUCGACGAAAAUCAUGAACAAAGCGAUCGGCGAAGGUGAAGUUCUCCUGGAAUGAAGAUCUCCUGCCUCUCUUGUUAGCCGCUUCCGGCACGACCUGUAAGUUUGUAGGACUUCCAUCCAGGAUGAGCGCCGCGAGUGCCCCGCUUUUCGUGUAAGUUUGGUACGUAGGGACCUGCUUUGUGUUUGCCUAGAGUACAUCACGGCAUGUAUGGGGGCAUGUGACGAGCAAGAAGCUUGUGUUGGAAGAGACAUUAUACCCCCCAUUCGGUAGCUUUGAAGCUUUGCUGCUGGAAUGCCAACUGCCCAACUAUUAGUGACAAUGCCUGCCUUGUCUA